AUGCGGCUCUUGUCCAACUUUUAUAGACCCGGUGAACGCUCUCAGCUGUGGUACAUCUCCGACACGGGCCACAUUCUGCACGAGGGAAGCUCUGUGCCCUGUGAACCCAGUUCACGUGAACGCCAGCACCUCUCCAAGCGCAGUUGGGUUCUGGAUGUGGAUACCGGCACGCCGGCUGCUGAUGCCAUUCGGAAUCACCGCGGCUUUUUGGUCAACGACGCCUCCUUCUGCGUUCAAGCGGCUCGCGACCUCGAGUAUCGAACUCUCCAAUCCAGCUGUUCCUCCCUCCAAUGUCUCCUCGGGGGCUCCAUUCUUGUGGCCAGACCGCGCAGAGAUGCCAGGUGCCUCGUUAGUAAAACUCUGUCGGCAGCUAAAAUCAUGACUGCAUGGCUUCGUCCAGGUUCCGGCUGUUUAGACGUUGAAGUUAUUGCUGAUGGGCCGGUCAAGGUCCUAGUCAUUUCCGAUCAUUAUGAAGAACCUUUACCCACCACCUCUCUACAAUCAAUUCGAUCUCGUCUUUCAUCCUCGACACUGGAUACUAACCGUACUAUCAAUCCUACAUCACUCAAGGUAAGUUAA